UCUUUCUACUUUUCUUGAAUUUUAGACGGAAGAGACGGGAAAAGAAGUUAGUAGGGUUCAAAUGUGGGACAUCACUCACAAGAAAAUAGAUGGAAGUUAUGUUAAUGAAAAGGCUAAAGAAAUAGCGGAGAAGAUUGAAGCAUAUAGCAGUCAACAAGUGGUGGAAUCAACCGUUAAUUCUCCUCUUGAUGCUCUUGGAGUAGUUCUUGGGAAAGAGCACCCUGGUUGUGUUCGAGGUUUAGGCAUGGGAGCUGUUCCAAUAGUUUCUUUCAAGAACAACACUACAAGAAUUAGUCAGAUGAAUUUAGGUUCUUCAAAUGAUGCUGGCACAUCAUCUACUUGUGGUCCAAAUGUGCAAGAAGAGUUGGAUACUGUUAAAGCGCAAUUGCAAGCACUAGUCUCCUAUAUUGCUUCUAAGAAAGGAGGUAAAAUUCUAGUAGAAUUGGCUGGAAUGUUCCCUACUCAACAAAUUUCACAGGGAUUGGAUCAAGAGAGUGAAAUUCCAUCACCAAGAGAGUUAGGAAGUAGGUCUUUUGGAGCGAGCAACAAAGAAGCAUGAUCUUGUAUAAUAAAAAUUUUAUGUAUU